AUGAGCACCAUCUACAUCCAGGAGCCAGCCACCAGUGGCAAGGUGGUGCUGGUGACCAGCUUCGGGGACAUUGACGUUGAGCUGUGGUGCAAGGAAUGUCCACUGGCGUGUCGAAACUUCAUCCAACUGUGCAUGGAAGGGUACUAUGAUAACGUGACGUUCCACCGCCUCGUGAGAGGGUUCAUCAUCCAAGCUGGCGAUCCAACAGGCACUGGGGAAGGAGGCGAGUCCGUGUUUGACAAGCCGUUCAAAGACGAGUUUCACCAGCGUCUUCGCUUCAACCGCAGAGGCCUUGUUGGCUGCGCCAGCUCCCAACCAAAUGACAACAACAGCCAGUUCUUCAUCACACUCGACCGCGCAGACGAGCUCACAAACAAACACACCCUCUUUGGCAAGGUGACUGGCAAUACCAUUUUCAAUGUGUUGAAGAUGGGCGAGCUACCCACGGACGAGAACGACCAGCCGGAGGAGCCCCCACGCAUCAUCCGAACGGAGGUGCUGAGCAAUCCGUUUGACGACAUUGUACCACGGAAGCUGGCGCCGCGCGUGCCGCAGCAGGAUGAGGAGAGCGAGGCGAAGCGAAGGCGGCGUAGGAAAGCACGUGUCAAGGCGGUGAAAGACUUCAAGCUCAUGUCGUUUGGUGAAGAGGCCGAAGAGGAUGAACAAGUUAUACAUGAGUCCACCAAGAAGCUGGGCAAGUUGAAGAGCAGCCACGACGUGCUGCAGGAUGAGCGUCUUGCGUCCGCACGCGACUCUGAGGCAGCGACACGCUCCAUCCUGGAAGCAGACGCAGACGAUGUGAAGAAGGAGGCCAGGGCGCGCGUGAGCAAAGGCACGCGGCGCAGUGGUGCCGAUGAUGCAAAGCCACGUGAGCCGGAACAUGUCAAGGCCGCACGUGAGGCAGAGGAACGACUGCAAACCAUCAAGCGGGAGGCUGAUGAGCUGAAGCGGGAGCUGAAGAAGGCCAAGAGCGGCCACGAUGGUGAUGGGGGCGCUGGCGAGGGAAAGGAUGCCAAGCCCAUGUCUGAGGCCAGCGCAUUCCUCUCGCAGGAGCGCGCUCAGCUGUUGAAGGAGGGCAAGUCACGGCGUGCGAAGAAGCGCGGAGAUCGGGAGAGCGAGACGCUUGCGCUGCUGGCCAAGUUCCGCAACAAGCUCAGCCGUGCGGGCAGCGGAAGCGCGAGCAGCAGCAGUGGCGGUGGGAGCGGGAGUGGGAGCGGGAGUGCAUUGGCGCCAGCUGUAAGCGAUACAGAAGCAGUGACAGCACCACCAGGUGUGGACGAUCUUUCGGACGAGGUCGCCGACACAACAUGGAUGCAACACAAGCUGACCAACGAGGUUGAGACUGCACCAAAGGGCAUCGACCCUGAGCUGGAUCCCAACAGCCUUGAUAUCUACGACCCCCGCAACCCGCUCAACAUCCGCCGGCGCAAGGACAGCAGCACGCACCACCGCAGCCGGGACCGGGACCGGGACCGGGACCGCGGCAGGGGCCCAAGCAGCGCCAGCAGCAGCAGCAGCAGUCACAGACACCAUCGCAGAUGA